AUGGAGGACCAACUGAAGACCAUCAUCUUAAUAUGUGUUGUUGGACUGGUUUCUAACGCAAUGAGUUAUAUGGCUCCUAGUGACUGUCAAUGGACAACAAAGAAGUUCCACACUGUUGAACCAGGAGUCCUACUAACAUGCCAUGUGAGUGGAGUAGGCACACAGACAGACAGUACCAAUUUCAGCCUUAUACAGUCUACGCAUACAGUAGGACUAACUAUCAUCUGUGAUGAUCGGUAUGUCGAAGGCCGCCUUAAAAAUAGUUCCUUAGCGCAUCUCAAACACUUGCAGUCGUUGAGGUUCGAGCGUUGUGCUUUUUCCGAAUUAGCAGAUGAUGCGCUGAACGGACUAACAGUGUUAAAGAACUUCACAGUUCAUACCGGUAAACUACUGGAGGGUAGAUCGCCCCUCAGUAUUGGACAUAGAACUUUCACGAAAGUUCGCGAGUUGGAAUAUCUCGACCUGGCUGAAAACAAUAUCGUUAUGCUUCCCGAAUAUCCGUUCUGUGGCCUUAUCAAUCUGAAAUAUUUGAAUUUAAGUCGCAAUGCUCUGCAAGAUGUCAAACAGCUGGGAUUGGAGGAGAGGAAGCUUUUCCCGUGCAUACCCGAAUUGCAAAUUUUAGACUUAUCUUACAACCGCAUAAAGUACCUCACAGAUGAAAUUUUGUCAUCAUUGAGACGCCUAAGAAACCUGACCUUCCGUGGUAAUCAAAUAUCCCAAAUGUCGCCCUAUGCCUUGAUUGGAUUACAAAGACUACACUUCAUUGACCUAUCCAAUAACAAGUUGAGUGAAUUCCAUCCACACUUCUUUCACCACUCCACAGAGAUUCGCGAGAUUCUGCUUAGCAACAAUUCUAUAGCAGGUUUCCCAUCUGCCCUUUUUAGGUCAUUGUCCCAGCUAUCGCAUCUUGAUGUUUCCCAUAACAUAAUAUCGGAGCUUCAUUUUCUGUUGGAUUCGUUUAAAAAUCCGAACCGUCUAUCAACUUUAAACUUGAGUUUCAAUCGGAUCCGGAGACUAGAAGGGACACCAUUCCAAUCGUUGCUGAGUCUACAAGUUUUGCAUUUACAGGAUAACCAAAUCGAGUACAUAGCUGAAAAAUCUUUUACCCAUCUUUCAAAUCUGAAAAUUCUUGAUCUCACCAAUAAUAAACUUCGACUCAUCGAGGCCGAUACUUUCAACGGUCUGAUAAGUCUCCAAGAUCUUGUGUUACGGAAUAAUCACAUGGAACUCAUUCAUUCCGAUGCACUUAUGAAUUUAACGCGUCUUCGUUACUUGAGUCUUCAAAACAAUAGCCUUACGUCCUUCCCGGUAGCUAUAAACAAAAUGGAAUAUUUGCAAGAAUUAGAUUUAUCACUAAAUUCAAUAUCAAACAUAACUAAUGAUACAUUUGAAAACCUGAAAAGUCUUGUUGUUCUUGAUCUGAAGAGCAAUCUGGUUGGAAAUUUAAGCCGAGGAACGUUACGAGAUCAAUAUUCACUUCGUAUUCUGGAUUUAUCAAAAAAUAGAAUACAAUCACUAGAACACGGUAUUUUCGAUGACGCCAUAGAACUAGAGCAAAUUGAACUCAAUGAUAAUUUAUUGUCUGACAUAAAUGGUUUGUUUAUGAAUUUGCAAAAUCUUCGUGUUUUAAACGUUUCAAGGAACAACAUCACAUGGUUCGACUAUGCAUUAGUCCCAAGUGGACUCGUGCAUCUUGACAUGCAUUCCAAUCGCAUAGACAGCUUAGGAAAUUAUUUCGAGUUGGAAACUGUACUGAAACUACGUUAUAUGGAUGCAUCUUUUAAUCGGAUUAAAGAAAUAAAUGCCGCUACGUUUCCGAAUGCUUUAGAAGCUGCUUCUCUCAGGAAUAAUUCCGUAAAAAUUAUAAAUCCUUUCACCUUUAUGAGCAAAACAAAUCUUACGAUGAUGGAUUUAAGAAACAACAACAUUCAAAAUUUAGAUAUCAAUGCAUUGCGAUUGAUUAGCAUUCCAAUAAACAAAAACUUACCGACAUUUUAUUUAUCAGAAAAUCCCCUGCACUGUGAUUGCACGAUGGAGUGGUUGCAACGUAUCAACAAUUUGGAUGAUAUGCGCCAAUAUCCUAGAAUAGUUGAUUUAGAGAAUGUACUUUGUCAUAUGACCUUUCCUAGGCAGCAUGCUUUAAUUCCAAUUACAAGAGCAAAAUCUAAUGAGUUUCUCUGCAAGUAUAAAAGCCACUGUUUCGCUCUUUGCCACUGUUGCGAGUUUGAUGCUUGCGAUUGUGAAAUGGUGUGUCCAGAAAACUGUACUUGUUACUCGGACCAGACAUGGAAUACGAAUAUCGUGGAUUGUAGUUCUAGACGAUAUUCUCGUGUGCCUGCCCGGAUACCUAUGGAUGUCACCGAUCUGUAUUUAGAUGGUAACGAUAUGAGCCAAGUUGGAAGUCAUUCAUUUAUUGGGAGGAAAAAUAUGAGAAUAUUGCACUUAAACGGAAGCAAUAUUCAUAUCAUUAGGAACAGAACAUUCAACGGUCUGCAAAAUUUGUUGAAACUGCAUCUGGAACAUAAUUACAUAUCAGUUAUACAAGGCCAUGAAUUCACGAACUUGACUAGUUUACAAGAACUGUACUUGUCAUACAAUCGUCUUUCAACCAUUAACAACUCAAGUUUCAGUCAUUUAAAAUUUCUGCGUGUUUUGCAUCUUGACCACAAUAAUCUAAUUGAUUUUCUAGUGUGGAAUCUCAACGUUAACCAUCGUUUGACCGGUGUUAAGCUCAGUCAUAACAGCUGGACUUGUUCUUGUGAAUAUCUUGGAAACUUUCAGGACUGGUUAGUAGUUUCUGGAUCAUUUGUAACGGAUCGCGAAGAUGUCAGAUGCUACAAGAACCAGUCAGCUGGACUAUAUGUCUUGGAAUUCAACUCUUCAGCUUGUUCCAAUCAUAGCGCCUUAACGUAUUACAAAGCUGAGUUUUCUGGUAGCUACAUACCGGUCAUGAUUAUAGCUCCUAUAUUUCUUCUGAUAGCAUUCUGUUUGAUAAUAUUUUGUAUUUAUAACAGUGAGAUGAAAAUCUGGAUUUACAGUCGAUAUGGUAUUCGCCUCUUCCAGCGGAACAAUCCACAUGGAGAGACCGAAAAGUUGUUCGAUGCUUUCUUGUCGUACUGUAAGAAAGAUGAAGCCUUCGUGUCCCAAAUGCUUGCUCCAGAACUUGAAGAUGGCACAUAUCCUCACAGGCUUUGCCUGAGGUACAGAGAUCUUCCGAUGGCCGAAUAUGUUGCUGAAGCGAUCUCCGAAGCCAUUGAAUGCAGUCGUUGCACAGUUGCUGUCGUAUCUGAGCAGUACUUGAAAAGCGAGUGGUGUACCUACGAGCUGAAGGCGGCUCACCACGAGAAUCAAUGCAAUCGGCGCCAUCGUCUGAUAAUUGUUCUCUUGGACAAAAUCAGCCUCAAAGAACUCGAUCCAGAUGUGCGAAUCUGCCUCAGAUCUGCUUCUCUGGUACAUUGGGGCGAUCGUAGGUUCUGGGAAAAACUCCGGUUCUCAAUGCCUGAACCCAGACUUCAUAAGGAUAGUGUGAGUUGUAAGGACUUCAAAACAUCCUCGCUGAGAAGAUCUUCCAUUUCCAACUCUGUGAAACUCGUAUGAGUUUUAGCAUUUGAAACUUUUGAUGGAAACGUCUGUGAUAUACAUAAUAUGGAGAUAUCCAAUGUUUUAUUUAAUUUUUGCUAAGAUCAUGUGAAGUUGUAUAUAUAUAACGUCUUGUAAUACUAAGGAUAUCUUUGUAUUAGUAUGCAUUUUAUUGUUCCUUUCUUGUUGCAUGGUUUACAGGUACAUUUGCACUUAGUUUUUUUUAUAGCAGAUUUGAUCUGCGUUUGAUUUAGUUUUAACAUACAUUCAUUGACGUAAACUAUUAAAUCACCCUACCAUGAAAUUUUUCGAUGACAUAUUUUUUCCGCUUAAUGAGUUUUAUAUCUAGAGGUAUAUUACAAAGUAAAUUCAUUCAGAGAAAACUGAAAUUUUGCAAAAAAAAAUGUAUUAAAAAUAGCUCAUAAAUUAACUGAGAGAUAUAUUUUUGUCUUUAUUGUAAAUAAAACUGAGUUACUUUGUUUGCCAUUGAAAAAGGACUUACAAUUUAGAUAACAUAUUUGGUGGGAUUUUAGAACAUAUCUGUAUGUAUUAUUGAAUAAUUUAGCAAACAAGUACUCUGAAAAAUUUGAUUACUGUAUGAUAUGAAAUGUAACAAAUAAAUGGCUUAUG